CUUCGCUGAAGCUUCCAGGCGACAGCGGCGAUUUUUUUUAGUCCCACCUCUAGCCGUCAUCCCCAACUGCUCACUCAGGCAUAUUCUUCUCCUCCUCCCACUAUAAAAGUCCAACCUCACAACCUUCUGGCCUCAGCUCCUCGGCUCCUGUCCUUUCCCCUUCCCUUUGACGCUCGUCGAGAAGGCGAUGGAAAGCCACUGACCUGGAGCUCAGGGCUCGGAGUGUGCAGGAGCAAGAUGAAUCAGUUUCAGUAUGAAGAGUUUUUCAUUCAGCCGAGCGAUUUGGAAGAUCUGUGGAGAGGAAAUUUUCCAAUCACUUCGGUUACAGACAUCCAGGACGGGCAUUUCCAUUACUUGAUGGGAAAUCACUUCUUGGAUGAGAACGAUUCGCCGAGCACUUCCUAUUUCAGCUCCGCGCUGACCACGGAUCAUCAGACUUCCUCUCUGAGCCCGAGCAGCGAGAUCGAAGUUCCUGAGUUGUCUUCGGACACGGUGUUCAGUUACAUCAGCCAGAUGCUGCUGGAGGAGAACAUGGAUGAUAAGUUCGAUGUGUAUCCGGAAGAUCCAGCUCUUCUGGCCGCCGAGAAACCAUUCUACGAGAUCCUCAGCGAGAGCUACCCGCCUUUGCAUGAUCAGAACUCCAGCCCUGCUGGUGGUGCCAACGACGGCGUGCUUGCAGGCGAUAGCUGGCCUUAUGAUCCUCUCGAGUAUCAUCAGCUGCAGACGGAUCCUGUUCCUGUUGAUUACUCUGCUCCGUCUCGAUUUUCCUCCGCGAUAGAAGAUUCGGCGUUCUCGGUUGAUGAUCUCCUCGCUCAGAGUGCUCCGGCUUGGCAGUUUCAGCAGGGCCCUGAAGAAGCUCGCAGGUUCCUUCCCAGUGAUGAAAAGUUGGUGAUCGAUUUGGAGGCCAAUGGGUGUCGGUUCCCUCCAGAGCCAGCCGAGGAGAGGAAUUCCUCGAGGGGGGAACCAGUUCAUGCGUCUCGGGGACGAAAGAUUCAACAUGAGGAUGACGAUUUGGAUUUGCAGGAGGGGAGAAACAACAAGCAGCCAGCUUUCUCCAAUGCCGGAGCUGUCAAUUCAAAGUUCUUCGACGACUUCCUGCUCUGUGGCUGGGACAACAAGUGCAAAAGGAAAAGCGAUCGGAAGCGUUCUGAAUCAGAGAACGACAAAGCGAGCAGAAGUUCUAAUGGCGGCGGUCAAGCCAAAGCGUCAAGCAGUGCCGGAAAAGGCCGAGGGAGGAAGCAGCCCAAAGAGGAGGUGAUCGAUCUCAGGACACUUCUUAUUCAUUGCGCACAGUCCGUGGCCAUAGACGACCGGCGCAGCGCCAACGAUCUUCUGAAGCAGAUCAGACAGCACGCCUCCCCCACCGGCGACGCAAACCAGAGGCUGGCGGCUUGCUUCGCCGACGGCCUCGAGGCGCGACUGUCCGGCACGGGGAGCCAGGUCUACCGUUCCAUCGUGGCCAGAGGAAUCUCCACCGUCAACAUGCUGAAAGCUUAUCGGUGUUACAUGUCCGCAUGCCCUAUCCAUAAGAUCAGUUACUUCUUCGCCAAUCGAACAAUUAUGAACGUCGCCAAGGACGCCGCCAGGCUGCAUAUAAUCGACUUCGGCAUCUACCACGGCUUCCAAUGGCCGUGCUUCAUUCGCCGUCUCGCCGACCGGCCAGGCGGCCCUCCGAGGCUCCGGCUGACCGGCAUCGACGUACCUAGGCCUGGCUUCCGGCCAACCGAACGCGUCGACGAAACAGGACAGCGCUUAUCUGACUACGCUCGCAGGUUCGGCGUUCCGUUUGAGUUCCAAGCGAUCGCAAUCAAGUGGGAGACCAUCCGGAUCGACGACCUCAACAUCGCCGACGGCGAGAUGCUCGUCGUCAACAGUCUGUUCCAGUUCAACAACCUGAUGGACGAGACGGUGCUCGAGGAGAGCCCGCGAGACGCGGUGCUGAGGACCAUACGAGACCUCAACCCGUCCGUCUACAUCUGCGCGAUUGUGAACGGCUCGUACAAUUCGCCGUUCUUUGUCACUCGGUUCCGGGAAGUCCUGUUCCACUACUCCUCCCUGUUCGACAUGAUCGAGACGAACGUCUCGCGCGAGGACGAGGUGAGGCUGCUGAUCGAGAGCAACAUCUUCGGCCGCGACGCGCUCAACAUCAUCGCAUGCGAGGGCGCGGAGCGGGUCGAGCGGCCCGAGACGUACAAGAAAUGGCAGGUGAGGAACCUCCGCGCAGGCCUCAAGCCGCUGCCGCUGUCGCCGGACAUGAUAAAGACGGCGAGGGAAACGCUCAAGGAGUACCACAAGGACUUCGUGAUCGAUGUGGACGGGCAAUGGCUGCUGCAAGGGUGGAAAGGGAGGAUCUCUCAUGCCCUUUCCUUGUGGAAAUCCAACAACGCUGCUAAUCACUAGCUGGCUUUGGCAGUCGAGGAUUCUGCAUGGCAUUUGGCUUCCUUUCAUGGCGUUGAGAUAAGUGUAGCAUGUAGCUUCCUGUUGUAGGGCUAAGGCUAGAGAGAUAAUAGAGGCCAAGAUGCCUCGUCUCAUUCACUCUAUGUUCACUGCCGUUUAUUUUAUUUUUUUUAAUUAUUAGAAUAUGGAUGAAAAUGAGAAUUAUAAUAUUACAAAAUAAGAAUGAUUAUCAUUUUUAAAAA